GAGUCUUUCUCUUCUGUUCAUUACUCGGCCAUUUCAACAUUUACUACUCUACUCUUUGCAUAAUAUUCUAGUAAAAACCGUCUGCUUUCGAUAUGUACUGGAAAAUUAGUGCAAAGUGUUGUAAUGACGUCGUAAUAAACGAAAGAGAAAGUAAACAAAGAGAGGCUCUCAAUGUUACCUACGUCCUAUUGAAAAUUUUCUCUAGAAUUGUUUGUUUACUAAAAAAAAAGAAAAGUUACGGUAUACCGUAGGAACGGUACGCUAUUUUUUUGCACCACGCUAUAUUGGACCAGGUUCUAGUAUUGGACUUUCUUUUUCGUUUCGAAAGUGAGGUUUAAAUAUGGAUACGUUUACCAACUUGGUAGAAAAUAAGAAAUCUGCCCCUAAGGCACUUAAGGUUCGAAAAAUAUACAUCAAUGAAGAUCCCAACGUGGAGGAAAUCGAACCCUGCCCAAAAUGUUGGUCUCAAAAUCGACAGAGCAAUGUUCGAUAUAUGUUCGUCAGUAUGCAAGAAGCAAUUUUCAAAUGUGAAGCUUCUAAUUGUAUGUUUCCGUUUCGAGAUUUUAAGUAUAAGAACUACAGUGAACAAACGGUUUAUUACUAUCAACCGGUAGUGGAAGAAACACCACUGGCACUCACUAGUUUAACACCACCGCAAGAGAAUGUCGCGACAUGUAGUAAAGAUGCCCAACUAUGCAAAGAUUUUAAUUUGCAUUUUAUAUCGCCGGAGAGAACUCAUUCUGCUACAACUCGUUCUGCGAAUUCAAACGAUCUAAACAUUUUUGACAGUCCAUCUCUAAGUUACAGCAACCUUGCUGAAGGUUUUGAUACUGGGUUCAUAGAUGACAUCCUGAACGAAUUGGGUGAAGUAUCAUCGCCCGAAAAGAAGCCAGUGAUUAUGAGUCCCUUGCGGCCAGCUACACAAGAAAAAGAAGCUACUAAAUCUAAUCGCCAGCUAAAACGAUGUUUACAGAUGUUUGAAGAAACCAAAAUCAGUGACUGCAAGACUGAUGGAAUUUUCAAAGUACCCCCUCUCCCAGGAACGGAUGUUUGCACCUCACCGUCGAAGCUGAAAUCGAAAAAAUCGUUCACCCAGAAGCGACACAGUCACUUUCGCCGAACAAAUCAUUCUAGCUUUACUAGUGAAAAAUAUCUCAAGAAAAAUCGUUUAAAGCCACUGCAGUUUUUAGAGUCAUUGAACAAUAUUCGACAAGCGGAAGACAUCCGGAAGAAAACCAAAGAAUCCACACAUAUGCCAGGAAUACAACGGUUGAGUAAUCAAAAAGUAGCUCGGAUGCUCGAUUUUAUUGAAAGAAGUAUGAAAAACAAAGCUCCGACGCCGGAAUCUGUUACCAGACCUCAGAUGGAUUUAGUUGCAAAUUUUGUCAUCCCAGAACAAAGUCCUCCUACCCGAAAGCGCAGAGAAUCGAAAAGACUUUCACUCUCCGAGACAGUUCUGCAGGACACACAAUUUGAGUAUAGCUCCACCGACGACGAAUUGUUGAGGUCUCCAUCUAAACUGACGCAAAUGAAUGAUCCCAUCAAAGAGGAUCCUCGAGAGGAAUCGCAGCCAGUAACGGAUGAAAUGAGACUACCUUCAUUCGCAGAGCUCGUACAUUUUGUCCACCCGGAGCAGCUGCCUUGCGGGAAACUUGGUACCUAUGCUUCGGCGGUAACUGGAGUUCGGUCGGCGGGUUGUUCACCGACGCGCGUCGAACAGUGGGAAGUGACGCCACCGCGAAGGAUACAUAGUAUGGAAUCGCUCAGUAGUUUGCUGGAAUAA